AUGUCUGUUAUCCGUUCUUGUUUGGAAUCGGUCCGUUCGCAAGUUCAACAGUGUGCAAACGGAAGAAAUAUUAAUCUCGUAGCUGUUAGCAAGUUUCAUCCAGUAGAACAAUUGAUGGAAGCUUAUGAAGCAGGGCAGCGGCAUUUUGGCGAAAAUUAUAUGCAAGAGUUCUUAGCCAAGGCCGAUUUGAUGCCAAAAGAUGUACAAUGGCAUUUCAUCGGCAAUAUGCAAAGCCAAAAAUGCAAGAAAAUUGCCUCUGUAAAAAACCUUUAUGCAAUUGAAACGAUUGAUAAUGAGAAGAAGGCUCGCUUAGUUAACCAAGCCCGUGAAGCCAUUCAAACACCUUUACGGGUCUAUGUUCAAAUAAAUACUAGCGGGGAACCGAACAAAGCUGGAGUGAUGCCUUCAGAAGCUUUAGAAUUAUGUAAAAUUGUUCAAAGUUUAGAAUAUCUUCGGCUUCAAGGUUUGAUGACAAUUGGAUCGAUUUCUCAUUCACACCUACAGGAUCAAAAUCCAGACUUUCAGCUGUUGUCGGACCUUCGUCUCAAACUUCAAAAGGAACUCAACUCUGCUCUCGAACUCUCGAUGGGCAUGAGUUCGGACUUUCCGUUGGCCAUUAAAUACGGCAGUGAUUCUGUGCGUGUAGGAAGCUCAAUCUUUGGCAGCAGACCCGAAGAGAAGCCUGAAUCCGUUGUAUCUUCCAACUAA